CAUCCAUCUGCUUAGCACUUAUUCGAACUUAGCACUAAAACUUUGUGUGUUGCUGCGCCAUAGAAACUAAUUCGCCUCCAUGCAAACAGUAAAGAAGGACCCUGGACCCUGGACCCUUGCAGACCGCGGUCACCACUUUUAAAUGUCCGGAAACUACUAGAUACCGAUUAUCAAGCUCCAAUUUUUGGGAGGUACAAAGAUAAUUGUUUCGCCCUCCUCUUUUUUAUAUCAAUACUUUUCUCUAUCAAUCUAGAUAUCUAUCUACAAGAAAAGAUAACACCUUUCGAUUAACCCUUUCUGAAAGUCACUGUCAAACUGUCAAAGACAAAUUAGAACCUGUCUAUCAAAUACACUUACUUCACUACACCGCACAUCAUCUACAUACUACAGUUAUAAUCAAACCGCUACACACAGCAAAUAUCAAAAUGUCAACUCCAACUUCCCCAACAGGAAGCACCCUCUCCUCCCGUCGCGGAUCCCACAAAUCUCUCUCCCUCGACCUCUCCAACCUCCCUCCACUCACACAACCCACACCCCCAUCCAACACCCUCCUCAUCACCAACCUCAAAGACGCCGAGAUCUUCCGCCCUGAUAACCUCCAAUCCAUCAAAGAACUAAUCAACACCUCUGCGCCCAUCCAUUCCUGGGCACCUUUAAAAUCCUUCUCCCGCAUAAUCGUCUCCUUCUUCUCUGAAGAAUCCGCCAUCCGCAUCCGUCAAAUCCUCGACGGCGAAGAGAUAAUGGGCGAACAAGUGCGCGUAUAUUUCGGCCAACCUACAUCCAUCUCUCCAAAAGACACACAUCUCAAUCUUCCCGACGCGGGAAAACUCUUCUUCAUUUCUCCACCGCCUUCUCCUCCUCAUGGCUGGGAAAUGAAAAUGGAGGAUGCGCCCAAUAAGCAAGUUCACGCUGAAGAUUUGGCAGAAGCGUUGGCAAAAUUACAUCAUCGUCCCAAUACUGAGUUACCCGCUAGCCCCAUGAGUGAUAAUGGAUCCACUGCGUCGUCGAAAUAUGGGAGAGGAAGAAGCGCGAGUAUGACUACCAUUUAUGAUCCUCAGGCUCAUGGAUUCAGUCCCAAUUUACCGGCGAUAGCAGUGGAGGAUACGACAGGGGAUGAUUGGGGUAUGAGUCCCUUGGAGGCAGAAAAGCCUAUCUUGGCGCAUACAGCGAGACCACCCGUGGAAUUGAUGGAGUGUUAGAUACUUGCGUCGUAUGGAGAGUGGAAAGGAUGUGUAUAUGACAUGAUGGAAGACGGAUACGGUAUAAUUUGGAGGAGCAUUUACUUUUGGAUUUUUUUUGGGGGCAUUUCAUUGGUGUUGGUUUGGGUUUGAAGCAGAAGAGAUAUUCCUUGCUGUUUUAUUGUUUUUAAGAGGUGCAUUGCGAGGAGUUGAGAAGUUGGGCGUUUACCACGAAAAGCGAAAGCGAAUGCGACGGCAUACGGCGCGGUUGUAUGAUAACAUUACAUGAGAUAGCGAGGAUAGAAUGCAGCUAGGGAGGAUACCUAUGACG